AUGGGCUGGACCAUGAGGCUGGCCACAGCAGCCCUGCUCCUGGGCCUCGCGGCAGUGGUCACUGGAGAGGAGGAGGAGAAUGACUUGUGCAUGUACGAGGCCCUGCCUGACAACGACGCUGUCCUUUGCAAGGGCCUUAAGGUUUUCUACCCAGAGUUGGGUAACAUCGGCUGCAUGAUCGUUCCUGAAUGCAACAAUUACAGACAGAAGAUCACUACCUGGCCCGAACCAAUCGUGAAGUUCCCUCAGGCCCUGGAGGAUGCAGCCUACAUCCUGGUGAUGGUGGACCCUGAUGCACCCAGCAGGUCUUCUCCCAAAGCUCGAUUCUGGAGACAUUGGCUGGUGUCAGAUAUCAAGGGCACCGACAUGAAGAUAGGGAAGAUUCAGGGCCAGGAGUUAUCGCCCUACCAGCCUCCCUCCCCACCAGCACACAGCGGCUUACAUCGCUACCAGUUCUUUGUCUAUCUUCAGGAAGGAAGGACCAUCUCUCUCUCUCCCAAAGAAAACAAAACUCGAGGCUCUUGGAAAAUGGACACAUUUCUGAGCCACUUCCACCUGAGCGAACCUGAAGCCAGCACCCAAUUCAUGACCCAAUAUUACCUGGAUGCACUAAGUCGCCAGAACCCGGGAGUAGUAAGCAAUGAGACCACGGACAAACCUGAACCGAAAUAA